AUGGCAAGCCUGGACAGGGUGCUGGACUUAGGAGUCAGGAAAGCCUGGGAAGCUGGUAUCUCUAAGUCCCAGGCAACUGGCUGCUGCUCCUUGCCUUUCACCCAGCAGUGGAGGCCUCAGGGCAGGGUGUGGUCCUCUGCCUGUCCCAUCCAAAGCCUCGAGGAUAAAAGGUAUAAAGAAUCUCAGGGUAGGGCCAGAGAGAACAGGUGCCCCAGGGACCUAGAUACAGACAGCAAAGGAAAGAGGAACAUGACCAACUCACUAGGACAAAGUUCUUGCCUUCUGAAGAAAUGGAGGUUGGAUCCUCCCAGAGAAAUCUCAGACCUGCCUCUGACUUUCUUUCUUGUAUCCCAACCAGUUGUGCCCUGCCUGUUGUCUCUGCUGCUGGCACCCUUUGUCCUGGGUGCCCCAGUGUCUCUGGCUGACUCCAUCAACCGAACCUACAACUUGGCCCUCUACAUGCAGAAGAACUCAUCGGUGCUGGUGCAGACUUAUCUCCAGUACCAAGGCAGUCCCUUCAGUGACCCAGGCUUCUCAGCCCCUGAAAUCCAGCUAAGCAGCCUGGCCCCUGCAGCUGUCCCCUUCACGUUGUGGCGUAGUCUGGGAGAUGGCGAGAGGCUGGUCCAGGUCCACCGUGCUUUCUCAGCCCUGGCCCAGCAUCUGCAGCUUGUGAGUGAUGACCAGGCUGACCUGAACCCUGGCAGUUCUGUCUUGCUGUCUCAACUUGCAGCUGCAAGGCUCCGAGCCCAGGGCCUGAUGAGCAACAUAGCUUGUGCCAUCACGGUCUUGGGGGUGUCCGUUCCUCCUGAAAUGGAUACUCUUGGCCCCGCACCCUUUGGAGCCUCUGUCUUUCAAAGGAAAUGUCGGGGCUAUGUGGUGACCCGGGAAUACGGACACUGGACAGACAGGGCUGUGCGGGACCUGGCUCUGCUUAAGGCCAAAUACGUGGCAUAG